UCCUACAGAUGAUAGUAUAGAAAUUGGUUCGUGUGGGUUACCCCUAGAACCAAAUUCUUUGUUGAACCUUGGUGUAAUUCCUUUCCUUUGGUAUCAUAAAAGGACAUUUGUUUCUAUCAAGCCAACAGCCAUAUAUUUCGAGUUUCCAACUGCUUAAUCUACUUGCACAUCAAUUGCCGGGGGAGAAAAUUUUGCCGGCCAUGAAACCAACUUAUGAGAUAGACAGAUAAAAGAAAGAUCAAGCGACCAAUAUAUAUAUAUAUAUAUACCAUGGAUAUACGGUACAGCUUGUUGGUGUUGUACAUGGUAGUAAUAGCGGAAGGUGGGGGGCUGGCAUGCAACUGGGGAUUGCAGGCAACACAUCCGCUGCCGCCUAAGAUAGUGGUGAAGUUGAUGAAGGACAACGGUUUUGAAAAAGUGAAGCUAUUUGAAGCUGAUCCUGAGGCCUUGAAGGCUCUUGGGAAUUCCGGCAUCCAGGUUAUGCUUGGCAUCCCUAAUGAUUUCUUGGCACCACUUGCAUCCAGUGUUCGUAUUGCUGAGGAUUGGGUCUCCCAAAAUGUUUCCUCCUAUAUUUCAAAAACUGGGGUCGAUAUAAGGUAUGUGGCUGUGGGCAAUGAACCUUUCCUCAAGACCUAUAAUGACACGUUCCUACAGACAACAUUACCGGCACUACAAAAUAUUCAGGCUGCCUUGAUCAAAGCUGGUCUAGGGCGGCAGGUCAAGGUCACCACCCCGCUAAAUGCAGAUGUCUACCAGACAGACAGCAGUGGUGUACCCUCCGCUGGUAACUUUCGAUCUGACAUCCACGAUCUCAUGAUCUCCAUUAUCACGUUCCUGAGUGACAAUGGUGCUCCCCUAACCAUUAACAUCUACCCAUUCCUAAGCCUUUAUGCUGACCCCAAUUUCCCAGUUGACUACGCCUUCUUCCCCACCUCUGGUAACAAUAUUUCUACUUCUUCCCCAGUUGUUGAUGGCCCUAUAUCUUACACCAAUGUCUUCGAUGCCAACUUUGACACCCUCAUUUGGGCUCUCGAAAAAAAUGGUUUUGCGUCCAUGCCUGUAAUUGUUGGGGAGGUGGGAUGGCCAACGGAUGGUGACAUUAAUGCGAACAAUGAGAAUGCCCACAGGUUCAAUCAAGGUUUAGUUAACCGAAUAAUUCAAGGGCAAGGUACCCCAAAACGGAAUACCUCACCUGACAUCUAUCUAUUCGCCCUCAUUGACGAGGAUGCCAAGAGCAUCCAACCUGGGAAUUUUGAGCGGCAUUGGGGUGUCUUCAACUAUGAUGGAACCAUCAAAUACCCUCUGGAUUUAGGUGGAGGUAACACCAAUCAAACUCUCACACCCGCCAUGGGUGUCCGAUAUUUAGCAAGGCAAUGGUGUAUAAUGGCUCCGGAAGCAAGUAUUUUGGACCCCAAUUUGCCAAGUAGCAUCAACGAGGCUUGCACUUAUGCAGAUUGCACCAGUCUCGGAUAUGGAUCCUCCUGUGGUGAGCUAGAUGUAAGAGGCAAUGCUUCAUACACUUUUAACAUGUACUACCAAACAAUGAAUCAGCAAAAAGGAGCAUGCCAAUUCUCUAAUUUGUCAGCGAUCACAACCGUAGAUCCAUCCCAAGACAGUUGCGUAUUUAAGAUCAUGAUUGACCUUGGAAGACAUGAGCAGACCACAAGUCCAAGCACUUCAUCAUUAAUUAGAUGCAACCAAGACUCAUCUAUUGCCUUUGCAGCACUUGUAUCAUCAUUCAUCAUUUGUUUCCUAUCAUGACUAGAUAUCCACUGACUCCAUUAGCUAAAGUCAAGUGCUCCAGUGCCUUCUACUAUCUAGCUAGAACAACGUACCACUUUUGUAAUCUGUUGGUUUGAUCCAUAACAUAUAUCAUAGUUUUCUACCUUAUGCAA